AAUGAGAAAAUUCUUUGCUUUCAUAUCUCGUUUCGUUGAAGAGUGGGGAGAUCAAAGAGGAACUGGAACGACGCCGUUUUGAAUCAGGAACGCCCUGAUUCCAAAUUCAGACGUCGCCCGAAGGCCCCGGACCCAUCGUCAAUCAGCGCAGAAAUGGAGGAAGAGAAGGAGACGACGACGACGACGACGAAGAAGAAACAAUGCUUUUGGACUUGGGCUUUGGCAUCAGUGAUCUUCAGACUGGUUCUCAUUCACUUCUCCAGAAAUCUCAACUUGGCUUCUCGUCCCGAAGUCUCCACUCCUCUCACCAGCCUCCGCCGCUUGGCCGAGGGUUACUGGCUGAAGCAAUCCUCAAUUUCUCCCUAUGCAGGAUCCAUGUACCACGGUUCCCCUUUGUUGCUCUCAAUUCUUGGGCCAUUGACAGUUCAAAGAGGGGAAGGACAGUACAAUCAUCUUAUAUGCAGUUUGCUUUUUGUGAUUGCAGAUUUUAUGACUGCAUUGCUGAUUCGUGCAACUGGUCAAAAUCUUCAGCUGGCAUAUAAUCAGAGUUUGAAAUCUCUAGGCAUUGUUAGACUGUUAGAAAGAUCAGAGAUGCUCUCCUCUGGAGAUAUUGCUGCUCUCGUAUACUUAUGGAAUCCUCUGACAAUAGUCACAUGUGUGGGUUCAUCAACAUCCCCAAUUGAAAAUUUGUUCGUUGUUUUGUCCCUCUAUGGAGCAUGUAGACGACUAGUUCCCCUAGCAGCUUUUGGAUGGGUCAUUGCCACGCAUUUGUCUCUUUAUCCUGCAAUCCUAAUUGUACCGCUGAUUCUUAUAUUAGGAUAUGGUCCAGAUUCUCCUCGAAGGAAAUUGUUCCAGCAAAGGGCAUCCAGUAAAGUUGGAGAGAACCCCUCAACUGACAUCCGUUAUCAACAAAAAGAAUUGGCCAGCCAACCAAUGCUACCAUUUUGUUUCUCAUGGCGGCUAGUUGUGCACUUCAUAUUGUGGGCUUCUCUUUGGUCAUGCUAUGUGUUGCUAUUGUGUGGCAUUUCUGUUAGACGGUAUGGUGGCCUUGGGGAGAUGUUUAAAAGCACCUAUGGAUUUAUUCUUACUGUACCAGAUCUGUCACCAAAUAUAGGUGUUCUAUGGUACUUCUUUGCAGAAGUGUUUGACUAUUUCAGAAAUUUCUUUCUGAUAGUUUUCCAUGUGAAUAUUCUUUUCAUGAUAUUGCCAUUAGCCAUACGUCUAAACCACCGGCCCUGCUUUUUGGCUUUUGUCUACAUUGCCAUCUCUUCGCUGCUUAAAUCUUAUCCAUCAGUUGGAGAUUCAGCUCUGUAUUUGGGCCUGCUGGGCUUGUUUGUUAAGGAAUUAGCAGAUAUGCAAUUCUCCUUUUUCCUCUUCUGUGGAUAUGUUGGAAUAUCUUUUCUUAGCCCUGUGAUGCACAAUCUCUGGAUAUGGAGGGGAACUGGCAAUGCAAAUUUCUACUUUGCAACUGCUAUGGCUUAUGCUUGCUUUCAGAUAAUUUUGGUGGUGGAGAGUGUGAGUGCAAUGCUUAAUCAUGACCGGAUGCUAAGGAAGCUAUCCAUCAUGAAGCCUUGAGGUGGCGGAUCACCAUCUUUUGCAACUAUCCUUACAGCACAUUCUCCAUCUCUCCGCAUCUUCUGGUAAUUUAUGUGAAGCACGAGAAACCUUAGUGAUUGUAGGUCUGAGAUACCUCAUAUAUAGGCCACAUCUUAUUUAAGGCUAUGAAAUAUCUGGGAUUAUGGGUAUUCACUUUGCAAAGGAUUUUGUUAUCAUUUGUUUUUGUUAUCUUAACCAAAUGAUUCCUGUCUAUAAUGAGUGUAGGCAGAUGAACAUAAUCAAAAGGAAUAUCAUUUCUCGGUUGAUUAGAUUUU